ACAGAAAGUUUGGACGUCACGGAACAAGUAGAUUCUGUCAAAAAACAUGCAUUGCAACGUAACCAAGCAAUAUACAAUCCUUGUUACAAGGAACACCUUUUAUCCCUAAAAUGUUUGGAUACUAAUCAGGAAAACCGUAAAGCGUGCGAAGUAUACUUUGUUAAUUAUAAAAAUUGUAAAGAAUUUUGGGUAAGAUCUGAACGCAAAUUACAAGGUAUCAGACCAUAUAUGCCACCCUUUGAAGAGCGUGCAAAGAUAAAGGCUGAUUUUCUAAAACUCUAG